AUAAUGUUAUUAUUAGAAACAUUAUUACUAGCUGUAUUUAUGGUUUUAGAUAUAAUGUCCUUCUAUAUCUUUUUCGAAAGUAUCCUACCUCCUCUAUUUAUAUUAGUAGGUAUAUUCGCUCACGUUGAAUCUCCUUUAGGGGGUAGUAUAGUAUUAGCUGCUAUUGUAUUAAAAUUAAGUUUAUAUGGUAUAUUUAGAAUGAUAUUACCUAUAUUACCUAAAGCAGCAUUAGAUUAUACAUUUGUAAUUUAUACAAUAGCUGUUAUUACAAUAAUAUAUGCUAGUUUUAGUACAAUAAGAACAACAGAUGUUAAAGAAUUAAUAGCUUAUAGUUCCGUUUGUCACGCAGCUGUAUAUUUAAUAGGUGCAUUUAGUAAUACAAUACAAGGUAUAGAAGGAAGUAUUGUAUUAGGAUUAGCUCACGGGUUUGUAUCUAGUGGUUUAUUCAUAUGUGCAGGUGGUAUAUUAUACGAUAGAACAGGUACUAGAAGUAUAUUCUUCUAUAGAGGUGCUACUCAAUUAAUGCCUAUUUUCUCAAUACUAUUUUUCAUAUUAGCCUUAGGUAAUUGUGGAGCACCUUUAACAGUAAACUUCGUAGGAGAA